AUGGAGCACACACUGAACGAUUUCCAAAAGAGUUCAGCCAAUCCUGUCACUCAGGCGGUGAGAUUAAUGCAUAAUCACAGCGUCCCCGCUGUGAAUAUCUAUGGCUGGGAUACUCCCAGUCUUCCUCUUCCGAGCUUUAGCGCUGCUACUUUCGAUGCGUUCUGGUCUCGGAAUAUCCCGGUCAAGAUCACUGAUGUCGAUUCAAAGUUUCAAGGGGUUUGGGGACCGGAAUAUUUUGUUGCACAAUUCGGGGAUGUGAAAGUCACUCUUCAGGAUUGUGAAGCGGAGAUUGCGAAAACAAGUACUGUUGGUGAAUUCUUUAAAACGUUCGGAAAUCAACAAGUCGCUGAACGCGCGACAAUCAUGAAGUUAAAGGACUGGCCACCGGAAAAGCACUUCAGCACACAAUUCCCAGAGCUCUUUAAGGCGUUCAUGGAUGGGGUUCCCUAUCCUGAUCUCGCGCGACUGGAUGGAGUUCUGAAUCUAGCGGCUCAUUUUCCGCAGAAUGGGAUCCCUCCCGAUCUUGGUCCGAAGAUGUAUAACGCACACGGCUCGAAGCACGAUAACUUGCACCACGGAUCUACAAAACUGCACAUAGACAUUACGGAUGCUGUCAACGUCUUACUGUGGGCUGCAGAUACCGCAGACGGUGAACUUGGUGGCGCUCUGUGGCACAUCUUCCCAGCUGUCUCUGCACCUGAAAUCCGGAGGUUUCUGACCCAGGUUUAUGAUUUUCGCGGCCCCGGGGAUCCAAUACAUUCGCACAGUGUGUAUUUCACCCCUGAGAUGCUCAACAACCUUGAGGCGCAGUGCAGUAUCAAGCCGUAUGUGCUCUUUCAACGUCCUGGAGAAGCAGUCUUCAUUCCGGCGGGUUCACCCCAUCAGGUCAGCAAUCAGACGGAUGCCAUCAAGAUCGCAUGUGACUUCAUUUCCAUUGCUAACUUGGCACACACACAGAACGUGGUUGACGAGCUUCGGGAGCAACGCUUGCUGAGUGGGUGGGGAGACGACGUUCUGCAAUUCUAUACCACUUUGUGGUAUGCUUGGACGUCUGUCUCAGCACUUGCGACAUUCCCCUUACUAGCCCAGCUCCGCAGCCUUGUUCCCCUCCGCAUGAAGCUCUAUUUUCCUAUGGAUGUGUCGACACAUAUCCUGAACAAUGUCCCGAUGACAAUCCUCGAUUAUUGCACAAGGAACAACGGCGGAAGAACAGGAACAAACUGA